GUUGCUAAUAUGGUCGCUUACAACCUGCUCUGCGUUCCUCCGUAAACCAAUUUAGGUUCAAAGGCUAUUUUCUCCUCCCCUCCCCACCCCCGUGCAAAGAUGCACCGCCGGGGCGUGGGGGCCGGCGCCAUCGCCAAAAAAAAGUUGGCAGAGGCCAAAUAUAAGGAACGUGGGACAGUUUUGGCUGAAGACCAGUUAGCCCAGAUGUCUAAGCAGCUGGACAUGUUUAAAACUAACCUAGAAGAGUUUGCUAGUAAGCACAAACAAGAAAUCCGUAAAAAUCCUGAGUUCAGAGUCCAGUUCCAGGAUAUGUGUGCAACGAUCGGUGUUGACCCACUAGCCUCUGGUAAAGGAUUCUGGUCAGAAAUGUUGGGGGUCGGAGAUUUUUACUAUGAGCUAGGCGUCCAAAUUAUUGAAGUCUGCUUGGCUCUCAAGCACAGAAAUGGAGGAUUAAUAAUAUUGGAUGAACUCCAUCAACAAGUGCUCAAAGGAAGAGGAAAAUUUGCUCAAGAUGUUAGCCAAGAUGACCUUAUCCGAGCAAUUAAGAAACUGAAAGUUUUAGGAAAUGGCUUUGGGAUUCUUCCUGUUGGUGGGACAUACCUGAUCCAGUCUGUGCCAGCUGAACUAAAUAUGGACCACACCGUUGUCAUACAGCUUGCUGAGAAAAAGGGGUAUGUGACUAUCAGUGAAAUCAAGUCAAGUUUAAAGUGGGAGAUGGAACGAGCCAAGCAAGUGCUGGAUCAUUUGCUGAAGGAAGGGAUGGCCUGGCUUGAUACACAAGCUCCAGCAGAGCCUCAGUAUUGGCUACCUGCCCUCUUCACAGAAUUGUAUUCUCAGGAAAUCACACCAGAAGAAGCAAAGGAAGCUUUACCUUGACAAUAUCAAAGAUGAAUAAUAACUGAACACUGAAUCAGGUCUAUUACUAGUUGUUAACAUGGUAACAUUGAGCAGUAGUUAAUACCUUGGAUCUUAAAAGUAUAAGAAAAAAAUUUAUGAGAAAAUAUCUGCUGUACUAACGUUUAAUUUUAGCAGGCAGUUUGAUACUGAAUGUGGAUUUCUGCCAAAUGUGAUUUCAUUAGCAAGUUUCUGGUUCUUGUAAAUGGGGAUGAGAGGGCAGGAGGGAGUCUUUCCAAGGUGUGGCUUUUUGUUUCAGUUACCCUAAAUGUUUAGGAUGAGGACUGAUGUCAGAUGCUAAAACUGUAUGAUUCCGUUUCAGUCCCUUAUCCCAAGAUUGUUGAGUAGUAUAUUGACUGAAUUAUGUACAUACUGAAUUCCCUUCACUUGUAAAGGGUUCCAUGUAAGUCUGUUUCUGUAUGGUGAAAUAGCUGAACAUCUUAAUUGCUAUUGGACUUUGGGUAAGGGACCAAGCAAUUAUUAUUUCGAACUUAGGUAACCCUGGGGAUUUCCACAAUUUCAUUUUUUUUCCUUAAAAAGGAAGGGUAUUUGGGAAGAUAGGGUUUAGAAAGUUAUGGGUAAUGCUUAGUCCACUUUCAGCCCUUCAGGCAGUCAGGGUUCCUCUGACCUGAGAUACUGUGUGAAAAUAUACCUUCACAACCGUAACCAUGUUGUGCCUUAGCAUGUUGAAAUCUGUAAUCAGUAAAUAUACCUUUCCAUAUUUGUGCAGUGCACAUAUAAAUUUGAAAUUCAUAAACCUGUGUCUUAAACUUCAUGUUGUGCAUAUAAAACUUUAUUGACCACUUGAACAACUAUCAUCUGCAUUGAAGUCUUACUAAUUUCCAUAAACAAUAAGCUUAUGCUCUGAGGACAAUUUGUGGAUAAAAAAACCAGGCAGGAAAAGACCUAAUGCUCAUGAUCCAAAAGUAACACAGAGACUGGUAGAAGUGUUUCUGCAGCUAGAUUCACAGACCAUGCUAUGUGGAAGAAGAAACUACUUCCUCUGACAUCCUAAGAAUCAUCUUACGACUUCAUGCAAAACACAAGGAACAGUUUAUUAGGGAUAAUUGGUGUGCAGAAACGGCCUGAUGCCCCAUCUAGUGGGUGUUGAGGUCAUAAACAGAUUAAGAGGCAGCUGUUAACCCAGAAGUUGGAAGCAACAGUCUUGCCCAUGACUUGGUACAAAAAAAGUACUGGACAAAAUCAUAUACUGUAGUACGGGAACUCAAUCUAAGGCAUGUUUUGCUUCAGGGAUUUUUAGAGUUUUUCAACCCAUUAGUCAAAAAGAAAAUUUCCCAGAAUUCCUUAUCAAGAGGCAAAGUACUAUUGAUAGAACAUUGGCAAUAAAAUGAAAAGUAAACUGUUUAUUUUGAAUGCAAAAUUAACAUUUCCAAUGGACAAAAAAUAAAAUCUGAAUUUCACAUUUA